AUGGAAAAAACACAAAAAGGAACGCGCAUAGGGCCGCUGCCUGGGGGUCGCCGGGGCGCGUCUGGAGCUGGCGCUGGACGCGGCAGCAUGCGGGCCGCCAGCCGAGUGCGAGGAGCUGCACGAUCACCUAGCAGCCCCUCGCAUCCAUCAUCCCCACCAGAAGGCUUGGUGUCGGCUGGGUCUUCUCGGACCCAGCAAGCGGCACCCGCCGCUGGUGGAGCACGUCGCAUGCGUUGGACAAAAUCCAUGAACGAAAACGCAUUGCGGGCGUACUAUAGGGCGAAAGGGGAAUAA